AACUAGGGACGCAACAGCAAGAAAGAGGAAAGGAAAUCUGUGGCAGAGGAUUCUCUUUCUAUAAUUUUCUGUUCCUUAAUUCAUUCAUAUGUAGGUCUGAGUAUGGCUGCUCCUCUUCUUCUCAAAAGCUCUGCUUUCUUCCACCUCCAACACUUUCCUCUUUCCGUCGGUAAAACCCUUCCUGCGGUUCCUUCAUCCAUCAAUAGAAUUGGGUCUCUUUCCAUGAUAACUUUCACCAUGAUGGAGGGAAGUGGUAUUACAGAGGAAGUCGCUGAGAGCGCAGACGCAAAUGGGAAUGUUAGAAAGAAAAUUUUUGUGGCCGGAGCCACAGGAAAUACUGGGAAAAGGAUCGUCCAGCGGUUGCUUGCCAAGGGUUUUGCAGUCAAAGCUGGGGUGCGUGAUUUGGAGAAGGCAAAAACUUCGCUUUCCAAGGACAACCCAGCUCUUCAAAUUGUUAAAGCUGAUGUAACAGAGGGCUCCGCCAAGCUAGCAAAAGUGAUUGGUGAUGAUUCAGAAGCUGUUAUAUGUGCAACAGGGUUUCAGCGAGGGCUGGAUUUGUUUGCUCCAUGGAAGGUGGAUAAUUUUGGCACGGUAAACCUUGUGGAUGCAUGCCGUAAAGUUGGUGUGAACAGGUUCAUUCUUAUCAGCUCUAUUUUAGUCAAUGGAGCUGCGAUGGGACAAAUUUUCAAUCCCGCUUACAUCUUUCUCAAUGUUGUUGGACUCGUCCUCAUAGCAAAGCUUCAAGCCGAACAGUACAUCAGGACAUCUGGUAUUAACUACACUAUUAUAAGGCCUGGCGGAUUAACAAAUGACCCACCAACUGGAAAUGUUGUCAUGGAGCCAGAGGAUACUCUCUAUGAUGGAAGCAUUUCCAGAGAUCAGGUUGCAGAAGUUGCUGUGGAGGCGUUAGUUCAUCCUGAAUCAUCUUAUAAAGUUGUGGAGAUAGUUUCUCGUAUUGAUGCUCCUAAACGUUCAUACAAGGAUCUCUUCGGUUCCAUAGAAGAACGAUGACUUGGAGCUUGAAUUUAGCAAAUUAUUAUAGCAGAGUGAAGUCUCAGUUAAUGGUUAAGAGCUAGCUUGGUCUCAAAUCGGAAUCUUGAGAUGGGUAGGGAGCAAUUCGGGAAAAACAAUGAAUUUUAGCAGUGAUCAGAGUCAUCAGACAAAAUUCAUUUACUUAUAUUACAUAAGAAAAACAAUGAAUUUUC